CCCCACUGAGCUGCCCGCUCUCAGAUCGUCCCACAGACCCUGAAAAUGGGGUCAUGGAGCCCCGAACCCUCCUCCUGCUGCUCUCAGCGGCCCUGGCCCUGACCGACACCUGGGCGGGCUCGCACUCCCUGAUGUAUUUCUCCACCUCCGUGUCCCGGCCCGGCCGCGGGGAGCCCCGGCACAUAGCUGUCGGCUACGUGGACGACACGCAGUUCGUGCGCUUCGACAGCGACCGCGGACCCGAGGAUGGAGCCGCGGACCCGAGGAUGGAGCCGCGGGCGCCGUGGGUGGAGCGGGAGGGGCCGAAGUACUGGGAGCAGAACACGCGGAUCGAGAAGGGCAAUGCACAGACUUCCCGAGUGAACCUGCGGACCCUGCUCGGCUACUACAACCAGAGCGAGGACGGUUCUCACACCAUCCAGUGGAUGUCUGGCUGCGACAUGGGGUCGGACGGGGGCCUCCUCCGCGGGUACGAGCAGCACGCCUACGACGGCCAUGACUACAUCUCCCUAAACGAGGACCUGCGCUCCUGGACCGCGGCGGACACCGCCGCUCGCAUCACCCAGCAAAAGUGGGAGGCGGCUGGUGCGGCGGAGCAAUACAGGACCUACCUGGAGGGGAAGUGCGUGCAGUGGCUCCGCAGAUACCUGGAGCACGGGAAGGAGACGCUGCUGCGCACAGCCCCACCAGAGACACAAGUGGCCCUCCACCCCAUCUCUGACCAUGAGGACACCCUGAGGUGCUGGGCCCUGGGCUUCUACCCUAAGGAGAUCACCCUGACCUGGCAGCUGGAUGGUGAGGACCAGAUCUAGGACAUGGAGCUUGUGGAGACCAGGCCUGCAGGGGAUGGAACCUUCCAGAAGUGGGCGGCCGUGGUGGUGCCUUCGGGGGAGGAGCAGAGAUACACGUGCCAUGUGCAGCAUGAGGGGCUGCGUGAGCCCCUCACCCUGAGAUGGGAGCCACAUCCUCAGCGCACCAUCUCCAUUGUGGAAAUUGUCACUGUUCUGGUUGUACUUGGAGCUGUGGUCAUUGGAGCAGUUGUGAUAAGGAAGAGAAAUAAUGCAGGACAGAUUUAUCACCCUGCUGAUGGUGGUGAUGGGGACUUGAGUCCCAGCUGUCACAGAUCAGAGGUGGGAAAAAAGAGGGCUAUAAUAAAACUGCAAUGUGAGAUGGUGCCUUCUGAGGACCAAGCCACAGAGGACCUGUUCAGAUCUCUCCUCCCUCCCUCCUGUGAUUUCAAGAGCUCCUGACUUGUCUUUCUGCAACAGGCUUCUGACUGUGUCCAUGUGUCUGUGCUCCUGUCAUCAUAAAGUGAAGAAAUGAGGAGCUCAGCCUUGAGUGCUGAGACCCUCCCACGCUGUCCAGGAUCCUCUUUCCUGAUCAACCAGCUGCUCCAGCAGAGGCAGUGCUGGGAGGGUUCCAUUCCUGUGUUGUCAUUAGGUUGCACUGAGCUGCAGUUCUGGCUUCCCUGGUGACAAUAAGAAUGUGCAUGUGGAUUUGUUGUUCAGAUUCUUGCCAUGAGAUGAGGUUGAUGGUUAAUUAAGUCAAGGGAAGAUUAAUAAACUUGAGCAACAAUAUGUAACUUGACAAGCUUCCAGAGUCCUUAGUGUUUGUGGUGUGAGUCUGUUGCAGGUGGGGACAGGGAAAGGCUGAGUGGUGCCACAUGUGGACAGAGCUAUGCACAGUUGGUGUUCGGUCCAUCCUGGGGUUUGAGAUGGCUAUUACUCCACUGUGUUAUCUUCUCCCCAUAGUCCCUUUCCCUUUAGUAGAAACUUGUCCUACCAGGUCCUGUGAUCACAGGGACUCAGACCUUUCCAGGGUUUUCCUGUGUCCAAAAUCAUGAGCAACUAGGGCUUCCUGUGGCAGGCCAGUCUAGACUCAGUCAUCGAUCCAAAUUCAGGAACCACCAUUUUUUUUUUUCGUGCUUUAUAGAGAAUUAUG